CUAACGCCGUGAUAUACGUGAUAUGAUAUGGAGUGAUGCCGCCCAACGCAGUGACCGUUAAUUAUUUAUACGAAUACCUUGACGUCUUUCACCCUCUUUUGAGAAGCCAACCCCGGUGUCCUGAAUGACUCUUAUCUCUAGAUAUUACUACAUAUACCCUUCCUCGCUCGCCGCUCAGUCUCUGUUUUUACGGCUUGUGACCAAACUGCAGCUCCCCUCCUCAGGGUACUUAAGAACCCCGCUAAUCCGCGUUGCUGCCCCCAUCAAUUCGGGACCUGUUUUCCAAACGCUUUCAAGUUCUCUCCCAAUUACCUUGUAUUAAAGAGAGUCUUUCUCUAUACCUAACCCCUCUUUAAGGGCUUGGAGGCUCUGAUCAAUACGUUCUCUCUGUCUUGCUACAGCCUGCCGUUGCGCCUCGGGUUAUUUUAUCCGACUCUCAGUCACCAUGUUUGCAUCCAAGCGGCUGAGCAAGGAACUCUUGAAGAUGCAAUCCUCCCUCCCGCCGGGAAUCUCCUUAGUCAAAGCAGAAGACCUCGAGGAAUGGCAAAUGGACAUCUGCGUCCUGGACAAGUCCAACCCGCUCUACCUCAAUGAAACCUACCGACUGAAGUUCACUUUCAGCAAAAAUUAUCCCAUCGAAGCCCCCGAAGUCCAAUUCAUCUCCAUCCGACCCACACCCACACCCACACCAGCAGCAGCAGCAGCAGCAGCAACGACAACGACAACAACCACAACCACAACCCCCUCCACAACCCCGUCAAUCGUGCGCCCCAUCCCCAUCCACCCCCACAUCUACAGCAACGGCAUAAUCUGCCUCGACCUGCUCGGGACCGCCUGGUCGCCCGUGCAAACCGUCGAGAGCGUCUGCAUGAGCAUUCAGAGCAUGCUGGCGGGGAACAGGAAGAACGAGCGGCCGCCGGGCGACGAGGACUUUGUGGCGCACAACCGGCAGCGGCCGAGAGAUAUUCAGUUCUAUUAUGAUGAUUCGACGGUGUGAUUUUGGUGGUUUGGUAUUUUGUUGGGUGGGGAUAUGCGUAUGGGAAGGGAAAUGCGUGUGGUUGGGUUGGUGGGGGUGGGGGUGGGAGUUGGGGGGGGGGAGGUGGAAGAGAGGAGAAUUGAUACAGGGGGGCAUAUUAGAUUAGUAUGGUUGAUAGAUAGAUGGCUAUGUAUAUGUUGAGAUUUUAUGUUUAUGUGCUCACGAAAUAGGCAGGAGAGAAGAGAAGGGGGAAUGCAAGGUUGUUCUAGGACUAUACACAUAUACACACUUCUUUUCUUUUUGUCUCCCUUCGUCAUUUUGCCCGUUUUAGUUGAGGGAUUCGUAUUCUGCUAGCAUCGUUCUGCUUUUUACAUCGGUUGAUGUGUUAUGAAUGAGACUAUAAAUAUUAUGCGGCCGCAUUUUUAAUUUCUUUUUCCUCAGCUCCCUGUCAGUGGUCUAUGCAACACAUAAGGGUUCAUGCGGUCGUUAAAAAACAAACAUGAACAAUGGAAAAUGAAAAAUAAGAGGACAAAUUUAAAUAUUUCCCGCUU